AUUGUGGCCAGUGAAGAGAGGGUAGAUCCAAUGGUUGAUACGUGGUUUCUGAUGGGCAGCCCAGCGCCCAUUUUGUGCAUUGUGGCAUCUUAUCUCUACUUCGUCCUCAAACUUGGGCCCAAACUAAUGGCUUCACGUAAACCCCUCAAUAUGAAACCUUUUCUUUUGGCUUAUAACUUCUCUAUAGCCGUCCUAAGCCUCUAUGUUGCCGUGAUGAUUGCUGCCGGAGGGUUGGUGUCCCAUUUGAUUGUCGAGGGUUGCAACCCCAAACAGAGAUCAAGCGAGCACACGUACAAAGUACACUUGUGUAGCUGGUGGUACUUAAUGUCGAAAGUAGUGGAACUGACGGAUACCGUGGUCUUUGUGCUCCGAAAGAAAGAGAGACAAGUUUCGUUCCUCCAUGUGUAUCACCACGCUUCUCAAGUAUUAUUUACGUGGGCCUACCUGAAGUAUCUACCAGGUGAACAAGCAAUUUUGGCGGGUUUCAUCAACUCUGCGGUACAUGUCGUCAUGUAUUUCUACUACAUGGUGGCAGCGAUGGGCCCACAGUACCAGAAAUAUCUGUGGUGGAAGAAGUACAUGACUUGGAUACAACUGGGACAGUUCGUGUUAAUCCUGGGCUAUCUCAUUUUUACCUUGGCCUCGGACUGUCACCUUCCAAGACAGCUUAGCAUCUUAUUCAGUAUAAACACUUGCAUCCUGCUGGGCCUGUUCACGAACUUCUAUCUCCAAACGUACAAGAAGAGGAAGGAACUGGACUAAAGGCAACUUUCUUGUAAAAUUUUAAACGGUCAAAUGAAGAAAUGGAGCAGGCCAGUCACUCUUCGUGGAUAACUACUGCGUUCUAAGCCAUGCCACGGAGACUGACUGGAAGGUCAUUUCGUUGGUAUACUUGCAACGGAGCGAAUCAUCUCUGGUUCGACCGAGAGGUGAGAUACCCCCCGCCUUUGAAAUUGGCUUCUGCGCCUGAACGGAUAUGCUCACACAUCCCAUCCCACAGCCAAGUCAUAGCUGUAACUAUUGUAACUGAUGCUUUAAUGGUCAUUGUUUACUCAUUAAGUAUACAGUUAUGAUUUCUCGCCAAUUUAGCAUCAUAAUCCUGUAGAGAUUAACUGCAAGUGAAUAUAAUGUUUAUUUAGUACAAUGGAGGAAUCCA